AUGAAAUUCGCAACAGUACUCGGUCUCUUGUCACUGGCAACUGCCGUAACCGCAAAGCACUACUGCUUCGGCGGCUGCGUCAACUGUAACCACAACGCGUACAAGUCCGACGACCCCAACAACAAGCAGGGCAACUGCGAUCAGCCUGGCGGAUUCCAUCUCGGAUGCGGUCGCAACUCUGGCGGAAAGUGCAAAAGAUGA